GCCAUUAUCCAUUUAAUUUUGAGGAAUUUGAUAUUAGGAGCAUAUAUGAUUAAUGUAGCACACGUGGAUGAAUCAAGAGAGAUUAGUGAAGAUAAACAAAAAAUCGAGAGGAAGAGAGAGAGAAAGAAGGGUAAGAAAUCAAAACUAUCUUUGUCAAUGGAAUAAAAAACAAGUCAAAUGGAAUAACCAACCAACCAAUUCAUUUCUCCUCCCUUCUCCGCAGCCAUACCAUCGACACGCCUUUCAAUAUUCCCAAUUCCUUCUGCAAAAAUCAAAGAUGAGUAGCGUGUACCCUUUUAAGAAAAGUUUGUAAAUUUGCGAAAAGAAAAGAAGAAUCAAAGGAUGAGCGGUGAGGAUGAAGACCCAGAAGAAAAAGGGUUGAAUUUGAAGCGAAAUUCCUCUUCUCGGUUGAAUAAUUUCCAACGCGAUCUUAUGGCUGGUGCUGUUAUGGGUGGUGCUGUUCAUACAAUUGUGGCUCCAAUUGAGAGAGCUAAGCUAUUGUUGCAAACCCAAGAAAGUAAUUUGGCUAUUGUUGCUAGUGGUCGUCGAAAAUUCAAAGGAAUGUUUGAUUGUAUAAUUCGUACUGUUAGGGAAGAAGGUAUUAUCUCUUUGUGGCGUGGUAAUGGUAGCAGUGUUCUUCGUUAUUAUCCUUCUGUUGCUCUCAAUUUUUCUCUCAAGGAUCUUUACAAAAGCAUAUUAAGGGGUGGGAACUCUAAUGCUGAUAAUCUUUUCUCUGGUGCAUCUGCUAAUUUUAUUGCUGGGGCUGGAGCUGGUUGUACAUCCCUUAUCUUGGUAUACCCCCUUGAUAUCGCACACACCCGCCUUGCUGCUGACGUCGGAAGGACAGAAGUGCGCCAAUUCCGAGGCAUUCACCAUUUCUUAGCCACUAUAUUCGAAAAAGACGGUGUUCGGGGGAUUUACAGAGGCCUUCCUGCAUCACUACAUGGUAUGGUGAUACAUAGAGGUCUUUACUUUGGAGGGUUUGAUACCAUAAAAGAGAUGUUGUCUGAAGAAUCUAAACCCGAGUUGGUAUUGUGGAAGCGAUGGAUGGUCGCUCAAGCAGUUACAACCUCUGCCGGUCUGAUAUCAUAUCCGCUAGACACGGUUCGACGGAGGAUGAUGAUGCAGUCUGGCAUGGAACAUCCGGUGUACAAUAGUACCCUCGACUGCUGGAGGAAAAUCUAUCGGACUGAGGGAUUGGUUUCGUUUUACCGUGGCGCAGUUUCGAAUGUGUUUAGGAGCACUGGAGCUGCAGCUAUCUUAGUCUUGUAUGAUGAGGUCAAGAAAUUUAUGAACUGGGGAAGAUUGUAACAGAAGCACCAAACCUACAUUAUUUAACCGAGUUUAUUUUGAUACCGGGUUUUCCAUUACAACAAACCUGUUAUACGUUACAUUGAGGCUUAGGAUGAUUUUGUAAAGUACAAGUGAGCUCCAUUAUAGUUCAUUUGAAAAUGCAUAUUCAAUGGUAUUUCAACUCAAACACAGUA